AUGCCGCUUCCGUCGCGCCUCGCCUUCUCCGCGCUGGAGCCGGCCCUCGCCGCCGCGGCCGAGGCGCUGCGCCGCUCCUGCUCCAACUCCUACCCCCGGUCCCCGCGCCGCACCGCCGCGCUCCUCCGCCGCGCGCGCGCGCUGCACGCGCUGCUCGUGGUCUCCUCCACGCCCUCCUACGUGCGCACGCCCGCCGCCACCUUCCUCAUCAACCAGGUGCUCUCCCUCUACUCCCACCUCUCCGCGGCCGUCCCGGACGCGCUCGCGCUGCUCCGUGCCACACCUAACCCCACCGUCGUAUCCUUCAACACCGUGCUCUCCGCGCUCUCCCGCUCCGCCGCCCCGCGCCACGCGCUCGCGCUGUUCGGCCAGCUGUGCCGCGCGCCGGGGCUCCGCCCCACCGCGCCCAGCCUCUGCGCCGCGCUCCGCGCCGCCGGCGCGCUGCGCGACGGCCGCGCGGGCGCCGCGGCGCACGCGCAGGCCGUGUCGCUCGGGUUCGUCGCCAGCGACAUCGUGCCGACCGCGCUACUCCAGAUGUACUCCGAGUGCGGCGCCCCGCGGGACGCCGGCCGGGUGUUUGACGAAAUGCUGGUGCGGGACGAGGUCGCGUGGAACUGCGCGAUCCACUGCAGCGUGCGGUACGGCUACCUUGGGCGUGCUCUGGGGCUGUUCUGUAAGAUGGCGAGGAGUGGGAUAGCACCCACCGAGAGCACGCUCUCGUCGGUGCUGAGCGGGUGUGGACGUGCCGCCGAUCGCCGGGGGCGUGUGCUGCAUGGCUGGGUGGUGAAGUCGGAGGAUCUUGACCCUGACAUGCCGCUGCAGAAUGCUCUGAUUGGCAUGUACUCCAGCUGCGGCGACCUGGACGCUGCAUUGCGUGUGUUUGAGAGGAUCGACACACCCGACUUGGUGUCGUGGAAUACUUUGAUUGCUGGAUUUUCUUGUGUUGGGGAUGGAUGGAGUGCCAUGGAUGCUUUCGUUCGUCUCAAGGAUGUGCAGUUUGGUGAACGAGUUUUCCCUGAUGAGUAUACAUUUGCAGCUGUGGUGUCUGCUGCUGCUGCUUUACCUGCAAUGUGUAGUGGCAUGGCACUUCAUGCUGAAAUAGUCAAAGCUGGGUGGGAGAACAGUGUCUUUGUAGGGAAUACACUGAUCAAUAUGUAUUUUACAAACGAUGAGCCAGGAUCAGCACGGAUUUUGUUUGAUUCCCUUCCUGAGAAAGAUGUGAUUGUGUGGACCGAGAUGGUUGCAGGCCACUCUUCGUUGGGCGAGUGUGAAUUGGCCUUGAAGUACUUCGUUAGCAUGCUUCAGGAAGGGUACAAGGUUGACAGCUUCUCUCUGAGCAGUGCUUUGAACUCCACGGCAGAGCUUGCAGGUCUUAAACAAGGAGAGAUUCUCCAUGCUCAAGUGGUAAAAAGUGGUUAUGAAGGGAAUAUCUGUGCCUCCGGAAGCUUGCUCGACAUGUAUGCGAAAAAUGGUGCUCUCCAGUGCGCCUAUUUGGUGUUCUGCACCACACGAAAGCGAGAUUUGAAGUGCUGGAAUUCCAUGAUAGGGGGAUAUGGCAAUCAUGGCAAUUCAGAAAUGGCAUUUAAAUUAUUUGGUGAGAUGAUUCGUGAUGAGCUGCAACCUGACCAUGUAACUUACAUCUCCCUCCUUUCUGCAUGCAGCCACUGUGGACUAGUCGAGAAAGGGAAGUUUUAUUGGUUUUGCAUGAUGACUGAUGGUAUUAUGCCAGGGUUCAAGCACUAUACUAGCAUGGUGAGUUUGUUGGGUAGGGCGGGUUUAUUGGAGGAAGCAGUUGAUUUACUGAGGAAAUCUCCAUUCGCCAAGAAAUGUCCUGAGCUAUGGAGAAUUCUGCUAAGCUCCUGUGUAGAAUUAAAAGAUUUGGCCAUUGGUGUCCAUGCUGCUGAACAGGCACUGGAGCUGGACCCAGAUGAUAUGUCAACACAUAUAUUACUUUCAAACCUUUAUGCUUCUGCAGGAAAAUGGGACGUUGUAGCUGAAAUUAGGAAAAGGAUCAGAGGGAUGAUGGUUGAAAAAGAGCCUGGUCUGAGCUGGAUUGAGAUUAAAAGUAUGGUUCAUGUGUUCUCUGCAGACGAUGAAUACCAUACUCAGAUAGACGACUGUCGUGGCGAGUUGCUUAGACUCAAGGGAAACAUGGAAUUGUUGGAUAGUUCUGAAAAUAAAUUGCUGUCAUGUGGCUAA